CUACACAACAACCUUCAGCAACCUUCUAAGACUACCCAACUUCGAUACUCACCAAAAUCAAUAUGAAGACCACUGCUGUCGCCACCGUUGUCCUUGCGGCUCUCGGCCAGGUUGCCCAGGCCCACUACAUUUUCCAGGUGCUCACUGCGAAUGGAGCUAAGGGCUCUCUUUUCCAGAACAUCAGACCUGUUCCGAACAACAGCCCUGUCACAGUGCUUACCGACAAUGCCCUGCGAUGCAACGUUAACGGCGCGAGCGGAUCAUCCACCGGUGUCGUAUCCGUCGCUGCUGGCUCUUCGGUUUCCUUCACGGCAGACCAGGCUGUUUACCACCAAGGCCCAGUCGCCUUCUACAUGAGCAAAGUUUCCAGCGCCGCAUCAGCGGAUGGCUCCGGCGACUGGUUCAAGAUCAAGGAGAUUGGUCCCGACUUCUCCUCUGGACAAGCUAAGUGGGACUUGAGCUCCACCUACUCUGUCACAAUUCCUAGCCAGAUCCCUGCUGGAGAGUACCUUCUCCGCAUCGAGCAGCUCGGUAUCCACAACCCUGGAUCGCCACCUCAGUUCUAUCUGUCUUGCGCACAGCUCAAGGUCACUGGUGGAGGAUCUGGCUCCCCGAGCCCCGUCGUCAAGAUUCCGGGACACGUCAAAUCAACAGACAGCGGGUACACGGCAAACAUCUACAGCAACUUCAAGAGCUACGUUGUGCCGGGACCCAAGGUCGCGACAUACUAGGUAUAGAUCUAGUCUUGGCCCCGGAGCUUUCUCUUCUCAUCUCGAUGUUCUUGAGGACCAUCACUUCAGCGGCAGCUUUUAGACAUCACUUUUCGAGGCUUAUACUUCAACUGUAAAUAUCACUUCAAGGACAGCGCCCCCACGCACUUUUUGUGUCUUCAC